UCGUAGGUUAAAGUAGACUAUCUAUAUCGAAGUAUAAGAUGGCUAAUUUUUAAGUUUCGUUUACGUCCUAAUUUUGUGUAUUUUAACACGUUAGUGAGCAAAUGUUGUGUAAACUUGCUGAUUUUUUGUAUCGACACUCACGGUGGUGCUUCAUGAAAGUUGCUAGAGAAUGCAUAAACGCGCUAUGUCAAUAUCCAUCAUUAAUCGAAAUUGAUCGCAUACAUAUAAUCAAGGGUUUCAAUGCUUUUUUUCAAACUACUCUCGAUAGAGGAAGAUUAACAUUUUAAUCAUAUCUCGCCACAAUGGUUGAGAGUGCUAAAUGUUGUGUCCUGCAAUGGGCUGAUCAUGCAAAAUAUAUUACAGAAAAAUUUAGUGGGCUGUUGGCACGUCAAGUACUUGUUGAUGUAACACUCGUAUGUGAAGAACAAAAGCUACGUGUUCACAAACUGGUUUUAGCAUCAAAUAGUACAUAUUUUGAGGAGAUCCUACAACAAGAUUUGGGUCAGGAACCAGUUAUAUUUUUGAAAGAUCUAAACUUUGAAAUCUUGAAGGCCAUGGUUGAAUUCAUGUAUUGCGGAGAAACCACUAUUCCUUAUCAAUUAUUAUCACCUUUAUUAACUGCCACAAAAAGAUUUAAGGUUAAAGAAUUGACAACUGUGGUUGAUGCUAUGAUGAGUUCCAAUGUAGGAAGUUUUGAAAUUAAUACAAAUAUGGACAAAGAAGUUACUGAAUCAGAGAUUAUAAGCGAUACAUGUAAUAACACAGAUUACAUACAUGUAAAGUGUGAUGAACUUGUUAAAAAUAAGUGCUUUGUACUUUGUAACAAGAGCAAUAGUGAUGUGAAUUCAAGUGAAAAUCAAUCUUUAGAAGGUAAUACUACUAGUGAUCCUCCUGAACAGGAAUUAGAGCAUAUGUUAUAUGAAGAAUCACAAGAUUUUGAAACUAAUGUAGAGCAAACUAAUACAUUAUUUUCAGUAGGAAAUUCUACAAAAUUAAUGGGAAAUUCAACCAUAUUUACAAAUGGUAAAACAAAGGAGGAACCAAAUGGGUACUCUGAAAAUAGAAUAUUAAAUAGUGAUACAUUGUGUACAAAUAAUGAAUUAAAACCUAUAUUAUAUGAACAAUGCUGUGAUCUUUCAGAUAUUGAUGAGUGUGAAGAGAGUUCUAUGUCAUUAUCACAAUCUUGCCUUCAACAAAUUGAAAAAGACUUCGCACAAUAUAAAUUUGAAGGUAUUGAUGUUCCUAGUAAAGUAGGAAAAUGUGUUAAAGUUUACACUCAUAAGAGACGAAAAUCUAUAGAUGAAAUAAAAAAUAUGCUGACAGAUGUGAAUAAUAUAAUUCAAAACCCACCAUCUACUGAUUGUAUAGACUUAUUGGAUGAGCCGUCCACUGACGAUAUACCAGUUACACUUUUAACCUCAUUAGAUAUGGAAAGUGCUGAGUAUAUUAUAAGUUUAAGUACUGAAAAUAUUCAAUCUAUAGUAGGAGCUACUUUAACUGAACAGCAUACAUUAAAUACAUGUAAAGAAAUAGAACAAAUUAUUGAAUAUAAUACUGAAAAAACUAGUGUAAAUGAAAUAGAAUCAAGUAAUGCAAACACUGAAACUUCUAAUUGUACAAAACCAAUACUACGAAGAAGUCUGCGAUUAAACCAGCAGGAAAUAGAAGAAACUAUGAAUAAUAAUGAAACUGUUAAGGAUUUUAAUGAAAAAGAAAAACAUUUUAAAAAAUCAAAUUUCACAAAUAGAACAGAACUAUGUAUUAAAAGGAAACGUAAAAUAAAAGACAUAGAUCGUAAAGUUUCAGAACAAAGUAUUAAUAAUGUAAUGCAACCCAUUAGGAAGACAUUUAACAAUUCUCGUAGAAAUACUACAAAGUUAAUUGUUAAAAAGAAUACUAAAUGUACAAUACCUAAUAAAGAAAAGGAUGAACAAACAGGUAAAAUAGCAAAUAAGUUGAAAUGUGACAUAUCAGAAACCACAGAAAUUGAUUCCAUUUUUACAUCAUCCAAAUUAAAUACAAUAGAGCACAUAAAUCGUGCAUUAUGGGGUGAUAUGUCAGAUUUUGCAGAAGACUAUGAAAAUAGAAUAAAUUUUUUGGAUUGCACACCAAAUACAGAAAUUCCAUUUGCUGUUGGCUUAUUACCUUUACGUACUGCUUUGGAAAAAAUGCAAGCAACACCAGAUUAUCAACCUCGCAAAACUCGUUCAUCAGUAGCACCAACAAGACAAGACACUAAUACUCUUAAAAGAAAGAAUUGUACUCAUUUCGGUAAAGUUACAGAUUCUAAAAAACAGAGUACUUAUAUUAAUGAUCCAAAAGAAAAUGCAAAAGCAGUUUGUCAUAUUCAGAUCAGAACAGCACCAUCGCAGUAUGUACGUACUCGUAAAAAAUAUCUUUCCACGGAUGUAAAUACGUUGGAACCGACGACUCUUAUCAAUAAACAUUAAUAGGUAUUAUACA